GAGGAGGGCGCUCCAGGCGAAAGCACUGCAGACGCCAUUAUCCUCUGUUUCUCUGCAGCACCGAGCUCGACGUCUUGCCUUCGUCCCGCUUAUUUGCGGCCUAUAGGCUACUGCAGCGCUAGGGUGUCAGUUGGUCCCGCCCAGAACACUUCAGUUCUGCUCUGCAAGGAUAUAUAAUAACUGCAGAUUGGUGUGUCCAUUUAAUACAAGAAAAUGGAAACUGAGCAGCAGGAGGAAACCUUCCCCAACACGGAAACCAAUGGUGAAUUUGGUAAACGCCCUGCAGAAGAUAUGGAAGAGGAACAAGCUUUUAAAAGAUCUAGGAACACUGAUGAGAUGGUUGAAUUACGUAUUCUGCUUCAGAGCAAGAAUGCUGGGGCAGUGAUUGGAAAAGGAGGCAAGAAUAUUAAGGCUCUCCGUACAGACUACAAUGCCAGUGUUUCAGUCCCAGACAGCAGUGGCCCCGAGCGCAUAUUGAGUAUCAGUGCUGAUAUUGAAACAAUUGGAGAAAUUCUGAAGAAAAUCAUCCCUACCUUGGAAGAGGGCCUGCAGUUGCCAUCACCCACUGCAACCAGCCAGCUCCCGCUCGAAUCUGAUGCUGUGGAAUGCUUAAAUUACCAACACUAUAAAGGAAGCGACUUUGACUGCGAGUUGAGACUGUUGAUUCAUCAGAGUCUGGCAGGAGGAAUUAUUGGGGUCAAAGGUGCUAAAAUCAAAGAACUUCGAGAGAACACUCAGACAACAAUCAAGCUUUUCCAGGAAUGCUGUCCUCAUUCCACUGACAGAGUUGUUCUUAUUGGAGGAAAACCUGAUAGGGUUGUGGAGUGCAUCAAGAUCAUCCUUGAUCUUAUAUCGGAGUCUCCCAUCAAAGGACGUGCACAGCCUUAUGAUCCCAAUUUUUAUGAUGAAACCUAUGAUUAUGGUGGUUUUACAAUGAUGUUUGAUGACCGCCGUGGACGUCCAGUGGGAUUUCCCAUGCGGGGAAGAGGUGGUUUUGACAGAAUGCCUCCUGGUCGGGGUGGGCGUCCCAUGCCUCCAUCUAGAAGAGAUUAUGACGAUAUGAGCCCUCGUCGAGGACCUCCUCCUCCUCCUCCUGGACGAGGUGGCCGGGGUGGUAGCAGAGCUCGGAAUCUUCCUCUUCCUCCACCACCACCACCUAGAGGAGGAGAUCUAAUGGCCUAUGAUAGAAGAGGAAGACCUGGAGAUCGUUAUGAUGGCAUGGUUGGUUUCAGUGCUGAUGAAACUUGGGACUCUGCAAUAGAUACAUGGAGCCCAUCAGAAUGGCAGAUGGCUUAUGAACCACAGGGUGGCUCCGGAUAUGAUUAUUCCUAUGCAGGGGGUCGUGGCUCAUAUGGUGAUCUUGGUGGACCUAUUAUUACUACACAAGUAACUAUUCCCAAAGAUUUGGCUGGAUCUAUUAUUGGCAAAGGUGGUCAGCGAAUUAAACAAAUUCGUCAUGAGUCGGGAGCUUCGAUCAAAAUUGAUGAGCCUUUAGAAGGGUCAGAAGAUCGGAUCAUUACCAUUACAGGAACACAGGACCAGAUACAGAAUGCACAGUAUUUGCUGCAGAACAGUGUGAAGCAGUAUGCAGAUGUUGAAGGAUUCUAAUGCAAGAUAUUUUUUCUUUUUUAUAGUGUGAAGCAGUAUUCUGGAAAGUUUUUCUAAGACUAGUGAAGAACUGAAGGAGUCCUGCAUCUUUUUUUUUUUAUCUGCUUCUGUUUAAAAAGCCAACAUUCCUCUGCUUCAUAGGUGUUCUGCAUUUGAGGUGUAGUGAAAUCUUUGCUGUUCACCAGAUGUAAUGUUUUAGUUCCUUACAAACUGGGUGGGGGGGGGAAGGGCGUGCAAAAACUAACAUUGAAAUUUUGAAACAGCAGCAGAGUGAGUGAAUUUUAAUUUUUGUUCAUUGUUGGUGGUUUAAAAAAAAAUCCCCCUAUGUAAUUAUUGUGAACACUUUGCUUUGUGGUCACUGUAACAUUUGGAGGGGGUGGGACAGGGAGGAAAAGUAACAAUAGUCCAUAUGUCCCUGGCAUCUAUUCAGAGCAGCGUGCAGAAUGUAAUGCUCUUUUGUAAGAAACGUUUUAUGAUUUUUAAAAUAAAUUUAGUGAACCUA